CCUGUUGGAAAGACCAUUGUCACUCAGAACAGAGCCUUUCAGACUAUCACAGGAGCAGCAUAGAAAUCCAAGUGACACCUGAGAAUUACUAAGCUUUUGUUAUUGUUAAUUUGAAAAAUCACUAAUUAGUUAUUUUUUCCUUCAAAGCUCGAAGGUCAUGUUAAUUGUAAAGUAACUUUUCUGCUGGUGAAGUCUACAGGGUUGCGAGUUGAGCUUCUAAAUGGAUAAGAUGCCUCCUGCCGCGGUGACCACUUAGCAUCAAGUAGCAUUGACUGCUUUUAAAGUGGAAUGUCUGUUAGCAACCACUGGGAUGAAUUUGUCCUCUGGCUGUAUCGAUUUUUUGAAACCAGGCAACACAGAGUAACUGUUGCACUGACAUCUCUCCGGAUUUGACCCAAUCUGCUCUUCCUUGGAUAAUGAAGGACAUGCUGAUGCAGCCAGGGAAAAGCCAGUGUGCAAAGGACUGCUACUUAAGGUCAUGUUUCUACUAUUUUUCCUGAGUAAAACUGGAUAACAGCACAACAUUUUGAGAGAAGUUUUUCUGAGACUUUCAGAUGAGAAGAGUGCCAUAUCCAAUCAUCUUUGAUUAGUUAAAAUUUUUUUCCAACAGCUGGAAAACAGUGACAAUGACACAGAGGGAGAGGCACAUUUUGAGAGGGACUCUGAGCAUGUGUGGCUCAAGAGGCAAUGGACUUAAACACUAGAUUAUCUCUGGGCACUUGAAAUGAAUGAAUUACAACUGCUACAAGUAAAUAUAUGCUUUUUAUUCUCUUUUCCUGCGAGAGCACAGAUUAUGAAUGUCAAUGAAGAAGUCAACUGUCCGGUGCCAUCUUAACUGCUUAACUAAUCGCUAUCAUUACGAGAGUACCUAUUGGAGUGUGGUCAUACCUGUGAUUAAUACAAUAUAAGACAUGAACUGGAGCAAAGAGCUGCAUCACCCAGACACUGUGUGAACAUGCUGUUCUGAUACUCAACAUUAACAGGCCAUUAGAUUAAUUAGCAAAUUGACUUUUAUUGUGAAUGCAUGGAGACUUUGGGGCAGCAAGUAAACAGCAGUAGCCUUGGCCAGAUGGACAGGGCAGCUGAAGCUUUGAUUAAGACCGUGGUGCCAAUCUUGGACGGGCUAAUUCUAGUGACUGGCUUGGUGGGCCAAACCCUGGUCAUCACCAUUCUUACUGGCAGGAGGAAGAAAGAAAGUCAACCCCCACAUGGUACAGACACGCUGCUGCUGGCUCUGAGUGCCGCUGACCUGCUGCUGCUGCUCUGCCUGCCCUUCCACACCUCUGCCAUCACCCUGGGCUUCUGGCCUUUCGGCAGCUUCCUGUGCAAGGCCAUCAGCUUCCUGGGUGUGGCAUGCUCAGCUGCUUCAGUCUUUACCCUCGCUGCUUUGGCUGUGACACGUUACCUUACAGUGGUGCACCCCACCUGGGCAUAUCGUUCGAGAAUGCACCGUCGAAUAAAGCUGACAGUAGCUCUGCUCUGGGUCCCCGCCUCGACCUUGGCAGCGCCGCAGUUUGCCUUCCGCACAGUUACCGCAUCCAGCGCUGUGUACUGUUUUGCCUUCUUAUCUGACUUCAGCCAGCUGGUCUACAGCAUCGCCCUAUUCCUGUUCGGCUUCGCUCUACCACUGGCCAUCAUUGUAGUGAUGUAUGCCAAGAUCUACUGUUUUCUUCGACAUGCACGGCUGCUGGGGAACGCUCCCCAGCUGGAGCGCUACCAGAGCCAGGUCACUCACACUUCAGCUCUCCUGGUCCUUGUCUUCACUCUCCUCUGGCUGCCCUCCUAUGCUCUCAUGUUCUCCUUUAUCGGAGGAACAAUAACAGGCUCACCUGGCUACAAUAUCAUUGCCCUCCUGGCCAGACUGCUGGCUUCCUCAGUAGCAGUGGUAAACCCUGUCUUGUAUGGGUUUAUGUCUCAGAAGUUUAGACGAGACUUACUAGAGCUGGGGAGAGAACGCUGGGUAUGGUGCAAAAGUUGUCUGAUUGACUGCCCUCAUGUGAUGGGCAGGGACAUGGUACAGCCCUUUGAGCUCGACACAACCUCAGAAAGAGGCCAAAACUGACUCUUGAGCUAAACAGAAAACACUGCUACCUCAUUACUUGCUUAUUCCUGGACCUAGGGUAGGCAAUAUUGCUUAAGAAAAAUAUCA